ACUCCGCAAUCGAUUGCUUCUGCCUGAGCCGGGAAGGUUGUGAGACCAGGAAACGACGUCUACUUAAACCACCACAACCAUCAUCACCACAAAAUAACUAAAAUCUUUAAAAAAAUUAAACAUGAAGAAGCGAAGUUUUAAAUGAACGACGCGGCAGAUGGAGCGAUAGUCAUCGCGCUAAAAUGUAAUUUAUUUUGGUCGUUUUUUUCCCCCUCGCAAUGGACGACGGUGACCCCCGAAUGCAGUGCUGCGCCCUGCUGAGCCGCCUGUCUGCGGCCGUGGGCCGCCUGCUGCUGCUGGUGGCCGCGGGGCCCGGCACAGGACUAGCGGCCUGGGGCCCGGGGCGCGUCGGGGACAUCCUGCACGGCAUGCUGGGACACGGGCUGCGAGACCCGCAGGCCGGGUACCUGGAGCUACUCAGGACUCUGGAGCGACUUUGCCCGGAUUUCUCGCCGAUCGACGCUCAGGAGGAGGAGUUGGAGGCCGUAGCGCGUGGCUCUGGUGACGCGAGCGAGGAGCUGGCGCUGCGCUGGCUGGGCCAGGCGCUGCGCUCGCUGGCGCUGUCACGCCUGCUGCACCCGCUGCUGCUGCAGCCGCACCCCGUGGCCAGUCUCUACGCAGAGCACGCGUUUGCCCGGAGUGUGCGGCACGUGACGGCCAUGUUGCUGUGCCUGGGGGCGCUGGAGGACAACAACCCGGGGCAGCUCGCCAUGAUCGACCCCGCCACGGUCGGAGCUCACGCAACCUGGUCCUCGCAUUUGCCCAAGAGCCAUAGCCUCAUGUCCCUGCGGGCUCCCGUAGCCAGCCCUUCGCCACGCAGACACAGCCUCAUGCAAACCUCCACCGCCGUCACCGUCACCGUCACCGCUAACGCUGGCGGUAACAGACCCAGCGGCAGCUCCAAGCAGCCCGCCACAACCGCAGCCGUCACCAACAACCCUGCCAACAACAACAACAACUUCUGCAUCGCCACAACCAACGCCGCCAGCGGUAGCAGCAGCAGCGGGUCAACCACCGCCACCGCCACAACCAACGCCGCCGCCACAACCGCCGCCACCACCGCAACAACCGCCACAACCAACGCCACCACCACCAGCUACCGCGGGCAGCAGACAUCCGUGGAGGGGAGGACCAGGCACGGGAGGUCGAGGCACGUGCGCUCUCGGUCGGACACAGUCAUCGCCGUGGUGAAGCCGCCAUUGGACCGCACUCACGAGCUCCUGGACAUCCUCGCCGCACAGCAUCAUGGGAGCUGCGCCGACCUCGACAAGGAGAACGCCCACUUUUCACUGUCGGACGCUCUCAUGGCGGUGAUCGAACUCAUCAAGUGCAGCUCUGCGGAGGGCGACGUGGAGCCGGGGCGCACGGGAGAGGCGGUGGACGACUACGAUGACGUGGAGGACGAGGAGGACGAUGAUGAGGAGGAUGAGGAGGUGGAGGAGGAAGAGGAGGAGGAGGAGGUUGUGGAUGGGCUGGACGCUCAUUCAAAUGCAAGCCCACGGAGUCGCGUGAUGUCAGGACCCGACCUCUUGGCUAUGCUGCCGCUCCCCUGCAGCCGGGGCUCGGCGAGGUCCGUCGCCACGCAGCUGCUGAGACACCUGCAGAGGCUGCGGCUACCCGGCGCCACGGCCCAGCGCAUCGGACACGCGCUGCUGGGACAGCAGGCCUUGUGCCUGGACUCCACGUCUGCCGAUGAGCAAGGGGAGAGCGGAGGGUGGAAGCCGCCACCUCCGCAGAUCAUCUUCCACAUGCACCCCAAACUCUCGAAGAAAGAAAUCCUGACGAGUCAACAUCACCGCUGUGCAGGAUGCGGCCGCAGUGUGGAGCCCGGCUUCCUAGGCCGUGUGCGCUACUGCGAGUACUCUGGCGGCUACUUCUGCGCCUGCUGCCACGUUGGGUCGCGCUGUGCACUACCGGCACGCGUCCUGCGCCGCUGGGACUUCUCGACGCGCCCCGUCAGCGAGCACGGACGAGAGUUGCUCACGCGCGCCGCCGGUGACCCCCUCUGCGACGUCGCUAGGGUCAACCCCGGGUUGUACGCGCGGGUGCGCGCCCUGCGCGUCGUGCGGGAUCUUCGUGAGCAGCUGUUCCACAUGAAGAAUCUCCUGAAGACGUGCAGACUCGCAACACGAGUGGUGGACCGCUUCGAUGAAGAGCCAGGACACCUGAGUGAGCGAGUCCACCUCUACUCGCUCAGGGACCUGCUGCACGUCAAGUCGGGCGAGCUGGCCCAGCGACUCGCAGAACUCGUUCACGUGGGACUCACCCAUGUCAACAACUGUGAGGUGAGCCGCAACCAGCACAACCACCACAACCGGCGACGUGGUGUGCCUGUCCCCGGCGCUGGCGCGCUCUCGCUGGGCAACCUGGGGCAGGUGUGCGUGUGCGCACGCGUCACCUCCGCCAUCCACCUCAUCGACCCCGGCACCCUGCAGGGUGCGGCAAAAGCACCGCGCCUCACCCAUGUGCGGGCGGAGGUCUGGUUGCAGCGGUGGAACGAGGUUGGCACGGGGGAGCAGCUGCCACACACGCACACACCUGGGCCACCUGCUCAAGCCAGGAGAGCCGCGUGCUGGUGGUACUGA